AUGGAAGAUCAGGCACCCCCAUUGUCAUCAUCCCCAGCACCAUCACUGAUAGUGACGACGGAGCAGGCUGAAGUUUCAGUGCUGAUGAUGAAGCAGCACUGCUCGGAGCAUGUUGAGGGUGGUACGAGCAAAUGCGGCGUGGAGGAAGACACGAACAUUGCGAAAGAUAGCAAGGUAAUGAAGAAAAAGAAGAGGAAAGAGAGCAAGACUGAGAUGGCUGCCCACACGAAAGAUGAUAGGGCAAUGAAGGAAAAGAAGAAAGAGAGAGAGGCUGAGAUGGCUGGAAAUGGGCAGGUGCCUUUUGGUUCCACUGCUGAGAAUGCAGGCUUGGAGCAUCCAGAGGUAGACAUGGGUGAAAAGGAACAGGGUACAAAAUCCAAGAAGAGCAAACGGAAACAUGCGGAUGUUGAGCCUUCUGCAGAUGGAUCCCCUGUUGACGAAAUCAUGACAGACAGAGAGAAGAAGAAGCGAAGAAAGGAGCGUUCUGUUCAGUUAAAGGAGGUUGAUCAAGUUAACAUGUCUAAGGUGGCAGUGAAGAUGAGGGGAAACAAGAAGAGAAUAAAUGAAAGUGAUAAGUUUAACCCUAACUUAAGCAACAGCACAUCAACUGGAGGAGAUGAGGUUGGUGGAGAUGGUAAGAAUAGGGAUGAUAAGAAAAGGAAGAAGAAAGAUACAUUCACUGGAAGAAAUGAUGUUGGUGAACACGAUAAGAAUGAUAAGAAAAGGAAGAAGAAAGAUACAUUUACUGGAAGAAAUGAUGUUGGUGAACACGAUAAGAAUGAUAAGAAAAAAGUGAAGAAAGAUUCAUUAACUGGAGGAGAUGGUAAGAAUGAUAAGAAAAAAAAGAAGAGCAAGGAAGGGAACUGUGGAAGAAAAAGUGAAAAAGAAAAGGCAGUGCAGUCAAAGGACAAGGUUAGGCGUGUGAGCUUUGCUGAUGCUGUGGAGGUGUUUAGCGUCAAUAGUGGUGAGGAUGAAGAGAAUUGCAAGAGUGCUGAAUCUGAAGUUGUGCAUGGGAAACGUUUUACCCCAGAAGAAAACGUGACCAUUAUGGAGGCCAUCAAGAACUAUAUAGAGAUGAAGCAAUUGGGAGAGAACGGGCUGGAAAUGAUUCGGACUAGUAGUAAACAUCCAGAGCUCAGGGGUUGUUGGGCUGAGAUAGCAAAAUCAUUACCUCACAGGCCAUUGAAUGCCAUAUACAGGAGAGCACGAAUUUUACUCUUUAUGAGUGAUGAGCGUAAAUGGACUCCGGAGGAGUAUGAGAAAAUUCGCCGGCAUGUUGAAAUGAAUGGCACUUCUUGGAAAUCAUUAGCAGAGGAACUUGGAAAGAAUCAAAUCCAUUUAAAGGACACUUGGAGAAGAAUUAAACCUAAAAAUUUGAAGAAAGGGCAUUGGACUCAGGAUGAGUACCAAAACUUGUUUGAUUUGGUGAACUUGGACCUGCAAGUGAAAGCUGAUCAAGAGAUUAAUGCUGGUAAUCGCAAGUGGAGAGACAACAUUGCGUGGGAGGCCAUUAGUGAUAAAUUGACAACCCGAAAUCACAAGACUUGCUGCAUUAAGUGGUACUGCCAAUUAACAUCACCACUGGUUCAGAAAGGCGAGUGGGCUGAUACUGAUGAUUAUCGAUUGGUGGCAGCGCUUCAAAAUGAUGAUGCUGUUUGUAUUGAAGAUAUCGACUGGGAUAACCUUCUUGAUCACAGGUCUGGAGAGAUUUGCCGCAAACGUUGGAACGAGAUGGUCCGCACUAUAGGUGGCCACAGGGAGAAGCCCUUCAUUGAACAAGUGGAGGUGUUGUCGAGGCGCUACUGCCCAGAAAUGCUUGACUAUCGGAGAGAAAAGUAGGAAAGUGCCAUCCACCAUACCUGCUGUAUCCUGUUAAAAGAAUAGCAUUAGCCGUCUCACAUUUAACCUGUUGUUGGUGUUGUGGUCCGUGUAAAAUGUUUAGCUUUUGGUCUUUUGGAACGCAUGGAAAUUUUAGCCGCUCUGGGAAUUGUUUGGAUAAGCCUCGAUCCUAGGCCAUCCUUGUGGGAUUGUUCAAAAUUCUAGCUUACGCAUGGGCACACACGGGUGAUGAAGUCUGUGUCCAUUUUGUAAAAAAAGAGAACUUACCAACCUUGAUAAUGCUAAUUUUAGUAUGAUUAAGAUCGGGUGGUGUUUGGUUUGAGACCUUAACAGAUUUUGAUAAAGUUUUGAGAGGAGAUUUUUGCAAGUACCAAAAUUUGGUCAGAUUG